GGCUCAAUCAAUUGCUUGUCGAUCAAUCAACCCUACGUCAAGCGAUGUCAACGUCAAGACAUACAUAAAUACUUUCGUCAUCUUACGCCUCCCCGCGCUCUUUGUCUCGUGAUCCUCUCACCUGCCUCACAUCUCAACGUUUUGCCUGCUAUUUUGUAGGCAAAAAAAUGGUUGUCCUUUUUCGGUUCCGUGCCAUCAUCUUUUUUUAGUAGGGCUCUCAUAGUCAUUAGGCGCAUCUGUGCUCGCAUCGAAUCGCUCAUCCCUGGAUAAUAAAAUAUUAACUUAAGCUUUGCUGCAUUUGGGCUUGUGGGUGGCACUCCUCAAUGUAUUGUCUCUCUCCGCUGUCACGGUUGUGGGUGCCAAUAAACUUUUUGAAGAUGGAACUGGUCUUGGAAUAUGUAAUAUGCUUGGGUCGUGUGCGCUGUGGAGCGUUCGUCUCUAUGGUUGCGCUUGACGUUCGGUCCCGAGCGUUAAACGUUGCGGCGAUUUUCUUGUUAGUUGAUCGUCUCCCAAUUGUCCUGUGGGUGGUAUGGGUCGGUACCGCUGAAACUAUUGCACGCUCGACCUACUAUUUCUGAGUCUCUGAUGGAC